CUUAUCAACGUUGGAAUAAAUUCUUCCAUCAAACUUUUGACUCAUCACGGAAAAUCCAUUGUUUCUAUAAGUUCUCAAGGUAGGAUGAAUAUAUGGCAUUCCACACCAAGACGUACACUGUUAUGCGGUAAAAAUGGGGUAUACCAAUGGUAGUUUGUAUGUUUCCCUUGUGAUGUUGUGCAGUACGUUUGUCAGUGCAGGCAAAGCCAUUGAAGGAAAAGACAGUGUGAAAGCCAAAGUUUCCGCUCUCUUCACAUUUGGGGAUUCAAUCGUGGACCCGGGCAACAACAACUUCAUACCCACACUUGCUAGGGCCAACACUCCUCCAUAUGGCCAAGAUUUUAUUGAUGGCAAGGCUACAGGCCGCUUUUGCAAUGGCAAACUUUCCACCGAUUUCAUCUCUGCAGAGCUUGGACUGAAGGACACAGUGCCGCCAUUUUUAGACCCCAAACUGAGUACACAAGACCUUCUCACAGGCGUCAGCUUUGCUUCGGCUGGAACUGGAUUCGACAACCUCACAGCAGAAGUAGUCAGUGUGAUACCAGUCUUGAAACAAGUGGAAUACUUUAAAGAGUACAAGGCCCGCUUGACAGAUCUGGUGGGAGAGGAAAAUUCUUCCUAUAUAAUUCGGGAAGCUAUAUUUCUGAGCAUUGCAGGUUCCAACGAUUUCUUGGAGAACUAUUAUUCCCUUCCCAAUAGACGAGCUCAUUUCAGCGUUGAACAGUACGAAGACUUUCUGCUUAACAUAUACGUCACUUUCAUCGAGGAUCUGUACAGGCUUGGCGGCCGGAAGUUUGGCAUGUAUGGGCUACCCCCGAUGGGAUGCGUGCCCCUCGAGAGAAGUUUGUACGGGCAAUUAAGCUCGGGAUGUGUUGAGAUAUAUAACCAGGCUGCACUUUCUUACAAUGCACAACUCAUGUCAACCGUCAGUAAAUUGAAAACUCGCCUUCCUGGGAUUAAAGUGGUUUAUGUAGACAUCUACUACAGCUCCUUGGAUAUUAUUGAAAAUCCCUCCAAAUAUGGGUUUGAGACAUCCAGCAGGGGAUGCUGUGGGACUGGAUUAGUUGAGACCGGCAUAAUAACCUGCAAUUUGAAAACUCCGGUAACUUGUUCAGAUUCAGACAAGUUUGUUUUCUGGGACUCUGUUCAUCCUACGCAGAGAGCCUAUCAAAUAACUGCUCACCAGGUGUUCGUAAAGUAUAUUUCAAAGCUUCUGUAACUAUUUCAAGGAAUAAAUAAUAAAUGAAGUUAUUACUUUUGGAAAAUGA